UCCAUCGGAAUCCUGUUUUCUGAUUGGUUGCAGUGCGUCGUACGACGCACAUCAGAUGCAGUGUGAAGCCAGCAUAAGAUCAUUGUCGUUCGUAAUUUUCACGUUGAUAUUAUAUUUUAGUAUCCUCUCUCGCUCGAUCUUUAUGAAAUGCUUCAUGAUCCCACGGACGAAACGCACAGAAAACCACGUCAACUUAGGAACACGCCGCUACAGAAAUAUGUUCGACUCGCGGCACUUGGCGUAAGCCUUUUAUAUGCUGGUGCAAUGUAUAUUGCCUGGAGAAAAAAUAUCGUUCCAUUAUUAAAUGAUGAAAAUAUAGUCAGAGAAUUCACUCUCCCAAGAGACGAGAGAGAUAAGUUAGAAGAUUACAUCACAAUUCCAAUUUUGAGAAGUACAAUUCAAAAGCUGACUGAUAGAGAAUCAUGGAUUAAAUCGAAAGCAGAAGCUGAAUCAGAGGAUACACAAGCUAAAGCUGAAUAAAGUUUAAACAACAGAAUAUUCAAAGUUUAUACAACAGUAAUGGACGUCGAAAGAAAUGGAUUCUGUAAGCCUAGUAAUUUAGAAGGAAGAUUGAGAUUAAGGAAAAAUGAUAAGAAAAGUACGGAUAACAAGGUUCUUUCUAACAAUAAUGAAUCUAACAUGGAUGAUACUGCUUGUACAUCCCAACCUUCACUUGAUGAAAGUAUAUUGGAUUUUAAAUCGCCAAAAAGAAUACAUUCCAUGCAAUCGAAAGUUAUUAACAGCAACAGAUUUCCAGAUAAAGUCAAAAAGAAAGUACUCCAUUCUAAAUCUAAAAUUAUUAUAAAUGAAAAAACAUCUAAAAAUGGAAAACCAUUACAGAAGAAAAAGAUUUUUCGUGAUGUACAACAACCAUUAAUUGAAUCAUCUUUUUUUAAAUCUGAAAAGAAAGAAAUAGAGUCACCACAAAGUUCAACUGCUCUGAAAACUGCUUUUGUAUGUCCAUUGUGUUUUAAAAAUCUUAAAGAUGAAAACUCACAAGCUGUACAUAUGAAGAGUUGUGCCAUGAAAAAUAACAUGUCUACAAAAAAAUUAAUGGAUGCUGUGGAAUUGCAAGAACGGCAAGCUGCAGAAAGAAAAUCGUUGGGGCUACUCUCCGCUCCUAUAUUACAAGAUAAAAAGAAAUUUGCUCCUCGUAAAAUAGCAUCGCACGAUGACCCUGAUCUUCAGCUUGCUUUAGCCCUUUCCAAAUCUCUAUAUGAAAAAGAGGAAAUGGAAGAAUGGGAUGAAGUUCAGAUCGUAGCAAUAUCCUCUAAUCCAUCAGUACCAGAUAAUAAUGCAGAAUGUCCUCAGAAAGCAACAUUGCAAAAUUUUGGGUUUAGUAGCAGUAGAAAUGUAUUACCAACAAACAAUUUGCCCACCAGUAGAACUAAGAAAAGAAAGCUUAUUGAACCAACUAUUUUGCAAAGACGUACAGCUCUAGAAAGAGAACGUAUUUUAACAGAGAGAAUAGCUGAGAUACUUAUGGGUUGUAAAGAUUUUACUCAAAGAUCUCAGGAAAAAAUAGAAGAAUAUAACGACGUUAAAGAGAGGAUUGAUAUAAAGAGUCAAUUACUUCAACAAUUACGUCAAAUUGAGAAUACAUUGUGGGAUAGGACAAAACUAAUUCUAACUAAAGAUAUAUUUUAUGUAAAACAACUAUCGCCUCAAAUAAUACCAUUAGAAAAGAAAGAACAGAAAUCAAAUGAAGAGAAGAAUAUUAUAAAGCUUAUGGAAUUAAACAUAAACAACGAAAGAUCUUUAAAUAAUGAACAAAUGCAAGAAAUAAAAGAAAUACAGGACGUUAUAAAAACAACGGACACUAAUGAAGCAUUAACGAUUUCUUCAAAUAUUGUUAAUAUAUGUUGCAAAGAAAAGCAAUUCCUUGACAAUUUAGCUACAAGUUGGAGAAAUAUACUAAAUGAUAGUUCUGCAAGUGAUAUUAUUGUGUUCGUUAGAAACAGCAAACACAUAUGGACGCAUAAGUUGGUUUUUUAUACACGUUGCGCAAAUAUUUUACUUGAUGUAAUAUCUAAUGAUACAGAGUUCUCUACUGCAAAAGAAAAAAUUUGUUGGCUUGAUACAGACUAUGAUGUCGCCAUGGCCUUUUUAGAAUUUGUUUAUUGUGGUGUAAUCGAUAAGUAUUCAAAAAUACUUGAUUCUCAGAUAACUUUAUCUGGUAUUAGAGCUUUAGGAAGGAAAUACAAAAUAAAUGAUUUAUUUGUUUAUUUGCGUCAAAAGAAAUCUAAAUCUAUAGCAGAACUUAAUUAUAAUACUUAUGAAAAAAGUAUAGAAAAUGUACAUCCAAAUAUAGAAACAACUUUCAAUGUUUCAAAAUUAAAUAAAUCUUUCAACAAAUCACCAAAUUGUACGCAUAAUGUUGUGAAAAACAUUCCAUGCUCUCAGAAAACGCUAUUACAAGGGGGUGUUAAUGAUGAUUUAUACCUUCUUGAAAAUAAUUACGCAUUUGCAAAGAACUUAUGCGUUUUGCAAGACGAAAAAGAUACUUCACUGAAAUUAUCGGAGGAAAUGAAUUUCAGGAGCAAUACACCGGCAAUACGAGAAACUAGUGCAUCUCCUGACAUGUUUGAUGAGACAUUUGUGAUGAAGCAUAGUGAUAAAUCCACAGUACACCCUAAAGAUUUAGAAGAUUCUAAUAUUCAUAUAUUACUGAAUUUGCUCAAACAGGAUGCAGAUGUUGAUAUCUAUAGUCAAAAAUUAUCAACUGCAAAACCCCAGAAUACAGAACGUUUAGAGUUAGACAAAAGUACAUCUACCUGUUUGAAAAAUUUGGAACAAAGUAUAGAAAUUAAUCCAGAUGUCGAAUCAAAUUCUCUGAAACGUUCUACCAAUGAUAUGCAUAAAAAUUUUUUAAUUGAUACUUCCCAAAGCAAUAAAUCAAGAUGUAGCCAAGAUCUUUCAAAGGUAAUAAAACAGAAAAGUAAUCUCACAUUAUUUAUCGAAGAAAUCCAAAAGGAAAACGCGGAAUCGGAUGCGUUAAUAAAUGCCACAGAGAUGGAAUGUUCUGUACAAAUAUCUCCUAUAAAACAUAAGAAUCCAUUUUGUAUAGACAAAUACGAUAAUUCCAAUCUUCAAUCUUAUGAUAAUGAUGUUGAACAAUCAGUUGAUUCAGAGAAAAAACCCGGUAGAUUAUCUAUAAUAGAGCAGCGUAUGCAGUCAUAUGCUGCUAAAAAUCCAGAAUUUUAUUCUCGUCUUUCUAAUGAAGAUGUAGAAGAUGUUAAACAAACUAAUAAUUCGCAUAUAGAUUCUUUAUCAUCUGAAAAGAUAACAGAAUCUUCCCAUAAUAAUAUAUCGAAUUGUACACAAAACUUUACUUCAUCAGAUGAGAGAAACGUUUUAGAACAAAUCACAACUGUACCAACAGUAUGUUCACAACAUACUGAAACAAUGAAUCGAUCGUUUAGCGAAACCAUCUUUGAUUUAGAAACGAAUGAGGAAGAGAUUUCUAUGUAUUCUAAAUACAUGAGAGAUCACAAGGAUAAUAGCAUAGCAAAGUAUCGAAGAGCAAUUAGUAGAAAUAAGUCGGAUAAUAAUCUAUCUAAUAAAAGUACAUUAUCCGAUUCCCUCAAUGAAGACAGUAAUGUCAGUGAGGCUGAAAAAGAUGAAAUUUUGACUCGAUCUGUUUUGACACAAAAAGAUGCAGAUGUAAUUGUUUCAUCAGAUUCAGAUGUUGAAAGUAUAUCUUCCAAUGUUAGCCAUAUCUUAGAGAACAAUGACUCCAACUGUAAAAAUAUCGUGUCUCAUUCUCUGCAACAAUCUAGAAAAGAAAUAGAAAGUAACAAACAGGAUAUGACAAAUGAAAAUAACAGUCAAUUCUUCGAAAUUAACAAAUUUUCAAAAGAAAUGACGACGUGCUUGGAAGAAGAAAAAAAUAUUAAUAGCGCAAAAUUAAAUCCAGAUAAGUUAAAUACUACAGAGAUAAUGUCUAUGACACAAAAAUAUAAAUUUAAUGAAUUGAAUGAUGCUCAGAAAAAGGAGUCUAUUCCAAGUCCAAUUAUGGUAUCCUCUAGUCCAGAUUUUUUAAAUAAUGAAAGCUGCAGUCCAAUUCUACAUAUGGAAAGCUUGCUUCAAGGUAAACUCUGUACCGAAAAUGUAUCAGGAUUAGAGGCUUGUAAAUUAAGAAAGUCAGCCACUUUUUCUUUUGAUUUUGAAGACGAUAUAUAUCUUGCAAAUGUUGAUGUUGAUAAAUAUGAGAAACAACAUAUUUUGGAGAAGAGUCGAUCAUUUAACAUAUCAAGUAUGAGAACAUUUAAUAAUAGUAGUGCACGCAGAAGCAAUGAUAAAAAUAAUCAUGAAAAUAUCAAAGGGAGAGAUAUAGUAGCAAAUGAUUAUGGAAACUUAGAUAAUAAUUUUACAUCUUUGACUCAAAAUUUUACAAGUGUUAAGAAAUUUAAAAGGAAAUCUUUAUCCGAGGGGCAGAUUAACACAAAUAGAUUAUAUAAUAAAGGAGCAACAUCUACAGAUAUAUCCAGACAAUUUCAAUGUAAUUACAUUCAGAAUAUUGGAAAUGCAAAAACGCCUAAAAUAACUGAUAAAGAUGUUACACCUCCGCCUGUUUACAAUGAUAUGAGCACUCCUGAAUUACACAAAGAAAUGAAGAAAUAUGGAUUAAAGGUACAAAAACGUAGCAGGGCUGUAAAAUUAUUAACGCACAUUUAUAACGAACUUCAUCCUUUAGUGCCUGAGAAAACGAUAGGACAACAAGUCACUGAAAUUUCGAGUGACGAAGACGAGGAACCUCCACUGAAGAAACGAAACAUGGAUGAUAACGGUUUGGAAAAAUCAAGUAAUUCAGAAGACAGUGAAAAUGAAUUACCUUGUUCUCAAGAUAGCAAUAAUAGUAUAAGUCCUACAAAAGAAACACUCAACAAAGAAAUGGAAUUUUACGAAACCGAGUCAUCAUCGGUACUGGAGAAUUCAUCGAAUAUUACAGAAGCCUUUAUGAAACUAAUCAAUAUUGAUAAAGCUUUACAUAAUAAAAUAUUACAAUAUGAGCCAGUGAAUAUUGACCAUUUGCGUUGUAUGUUGCAAACACAUGGAUUUAAAUGCAAGUUGCCUAAUCUCAUGAACUUUCUAGAUCAACAGCAUGGUAAUGAUGAGACAGGAGAUGGUUCAGAGAGUAACCCCUUUAAAACUAUCUUGAGAGCGAUGCGUCAUGCCAAUAAGGAACCUUUUCCAAUCAUCUAUCAGGACUCUCGAGAAAGCAACAAAAAAUACGAACCAGCAUCUAAGUCUCAAUUAAAGAAAACACAGAAGAUUUGGGUUAGAGAACAGUAUAAGAAAGACGAGAAGGAAAAGAAAUUAUUGGAAGAUGAAGAAAAGAGAUUAAAAAAUCUUGACGAGGCUAAAUCAAUUGUUAUAGAAGAGGAUAAGACUCUACCAGAAGCAAAAAAAAUAAAGAUAAAACAAGCUGUUGAUCACAGAGAUCAAAGAGUUAAGCUAUAUGGAUGGGUGCAUAGACUAAGACGGCAAGGCAAAGCCCUCAUGUUCAUCACAUUGCGAGAUGGAACAGGUUUUCUGCAGUGUGUACUGACUGAUAAACUUUGUCAAACAUACAAUGCCUUGAUCCUUGCCACGGAAGCUGCUGUUCAACUGGUUGGAAUCUUGAAAGCUGUUCCUGAAGGGAAAAAUGCACCUGGUGGUCACGAAUUAUCUGUUGAUUAUUGGGAACUUAUUGGACCGUCACCUCCUGGUGGUGCUGAUUCAAUUUUGAACGAAGAAGCUCUUCCUGACGUACAAUUGGACAAUAGGCAUAUAAUGAUUCGAGGCGAAAAUACAUCAAGAAUCUUGAUCAUGAGAUCUAUAUUAACGCAAGCAGUCAGAGAUCAUUAUAAAGAUCGUGGUUAUUAUGAAGUAACUCCUCCAACUUUGGUGCAAACCCAAGUAGAAGGUGGUUCCACUCUUUUCAAAUUAGAUUAUUUUGGAGAAACUGCUUUUCUUACUCAGAGUUCUCAAUUAUAUCUUGAAACGUGUAUUCCAGCGAUGGGAGAUGUAUAUUGCAUUGCCCAAUCAUAUCGGGCAGAGCAAUCGAGAACACGUCGCCACCUUGCUGAAUACACGCAUAUCGAGGCAGAAUGUCCAUUUAUUACAUUUGAUGAUCUACUUAAUCGAUUAGAAGAUUUAAUUUGCGACGUAGUUGAGCGAGUUCUGAAAUCGUCUCUCGGUCAUCUUGUCAAAGAAUUGAAUCCGAACUUUCAAGUGCCUAAGAAGCCUUUCAAACGAAUGAAUUACAGUGAUGCAAUUGAAUAUCUGAGAGAAAAUAAUAUCACGAAAGAAGAUGGCAGCUUUUAUGAGUUUGGAGAAGACAUUCCAGAAAUGCCAGAAAGGAAAAUGACUGACGCUAUCAAUGAGCCAAUAAUGCUUUGUCGGUUUCCCGCUGAAAUUAAAUCGUUUUACAUGCAACGUUGCAAGGAUGAUGAACACUUAACAGAGUCUGUCGACGUACUUUUACCAAACGUAGGUGAAAUUGUGGGCGGUUCAAUGCGUACCUGGGAUUACGAGGAGUUGAAGGAAGGUUACAAACGUGAAAACAUUGAUCCGACUCCAUACUACUGGUAUACAGACCAGCGGAAGUAUGGAUCUUGUCCUCACGGCGGUUAUGGAUUGGGAUUAGAACGACUUUUGUGCUGGUUGUUGAACAGGUAUCACAUACGUGAGGUAUGCUUAUAUCCGCGUUUUUUGGAGCGUUGUCGUCCAUAAAAGAAUAUCAAUAUAUAUGAGAAUAUCAAUAUUAAGUCGAUAUGCACAUUACAAUAGAGAUACGUUCUGCUUUUUCCUAUUAGAAUAUAAAUUACAGUACUGUGUUAUAUUCAAAAAUAUUUUAUAAAUAAUAUCAAUUAUAACGAAAAAACUUAUGGAAAAUCACUUAAAUAAAAG